UCUCUGUAGAUAUAUGUAACACAAUUAUAUUCUCGAUAUUUUUUAGUACAUACAAGAAAUAAUACAGGCUAUAUAUACUUUAGGGAAGCCUAAUGUGUCGAUGUGACUAUUCCGAAAUGAGUACAGCGGCUUUGGAUGUCAAUUGUCCCCAGUGAGAACAGAAUUGCUCUACUAAAAGUUUUAAAUAAUCUAUAUAUGACUUGAUACAAGAAACACUGUUUAAUUGUGAAAUACGUUUUUCAGCACAGCACCGAGUGAUUACAGGUGGCAAAUUCUAACACAUACCGUCAUAUAUAUAUAUAUAUAUAUAUGAACGUGUUGGAACGUUUUACACACUCAAGUCAAUUCAAUACCCAAAUACGUUGGUAAAAUUCUAUUCGUGAGGAUAGUUUGAAAAUAUUUCGACAUUUUAGUUACUUGAACAAUUUCAAAUGCAGAGUGGACAGAAAGUUUAUGUUUGUCAACACUGUGGAAAAAGUGUUUUGAAAAAUCCUAUCUUAAAACGGCAUAUUCGAAUCCACACUGAGCCAUAUGUUUGCAAACAUUGUGGAAAGCGUUUCUAUUCAAAUAGUCAUUUAAAACAGCAUGAACGAACUCAUACCGGAGAAAAGCCAUACGUUUGUAAACACUGUGAAAAGCGUUUCUCUUCAUGUUUUAAUUUAGUAAUACAUACUCGAACCCAUACAGGAGAAAAGCCAUACCUUUGUAAGCAAUGUGGAAAGAAUUUUUCUGUGAAUUCAGUCCUUCAACGUCAUAUUCGAACCCAUACAAGAGAAAAGCCACAUGCUUGUAAACACUGUGGAAAGCAUUUUGCUACAAAGGAAGAUUUAAAAACCCACAUCCGAACUCACACUGGAGAAAAGCCAUAUGCUUGUAAACACUGUGGAAGACGUUUUUCUGGAAAUUCUGAAUUAACUAUCCAUGUCCGAAGACAUACUGGAGAAAAGCCAUAUAGUUGUGACCACUGUGUCAAGCGUUUCUUAAGCGCCUCCGAUUUCAGAAGGCAUACUCGAAUCCUCACUGGAGAAAAACCCUAUGAUUGCAAAUAUUGUGAAAAGAUUUUCUCAAACACUUCUGAUUUAAAAAGGCAUAUUCGAAUUCAUACUGGCGAAAAACCGUAUGUUUGUGCAAUGUGUGGAAAACCUUUCAAGCAAAAUGGACAAUUACAAGUACAUACGCGGAUUCACGCGAAGUAAAAAACAAUUGCAAAAAUUGUUUAGUCUUUCCUGUAUGAAAGGUGCGAAGUUAUAAUGUACUGUAAAUUGUUUCAAUUAUAACGGGAAACAGCAAAAAUGUUGCGGUCUGUUUUGCAUGUUGCUGUCUGUUGUCCAAGAAUUUUCAAUUUACUGAAAAAUUUUCGGAACAGUUUUAUUAAUUAUAAUAUAUACCAAUACUAAACAAAAUACUAUAUUUUAAUCUGCAUAAAAUGCGAUAAAAGUAGAAUCGUCAAAAACAAAUUGACUAAUAUCGGGUCUGUGGUAAGUUCGUUAUGAUUAAACUUCCAACACAAAUCUUUGGACAUUUCGAGAAUUGAAAAUAGUUAUUGUGUAGAUUUUAUCGUCACUUCACUGACACAGCUCAAAUGAUGGAGCUAGACUAUUUAGAAAGCUCCUGUUACGGUUGAACGUACGAUUAGUUUAAUAAAAUAUUAUAAAUUGCGAAUUCCACAGUGUUGUAGCGACAUUUGGUGUGAUACUUACUCUAUAUGAACUUGUUCAAGCACUAUUGGGCCUUUUCAAAUAGGAAAGAACGGUGUUCGUGUA